GCUGCCCGCGUCCCUUGAUUGUUUUGAAACUCCACCACCGUCAACACAAGCUAUCGUCUCUAUCAUCAAAUCGCAACUUUGAGGCCAUUCUCCUCCUCCGCCCUAACAAGUUGACAUACACAAUAGAUCUUGUGGUUUUUUCCGUAUAUCCAUAAUAUAAGAACAUUUAUGAGUACGAGAAUUGAACGACGGCCACGCCCAUCAUGUCGCUCAUCUCUGCGCAUCUCGAACAAAUUGGCUAUUCGUGCCAGGGAAUUGACUCUCUACCGUUCCCUCCUCCGAAGAUCUUCACCAACGCCCUCCUCUCAAACCAUGACAUCACAUCUCUCAUCCGCGAUACAGAACCCCACGAACGCGCCCUCUUCUCCGUCCCACCACCUCCUCCGCCCUCAACAACUCUCAAACCCACAGAACCGGAGAAGAAAAAGUCCUCGGGUCGACGACAAACUGUCUUUAAUGUAGCCUCAGGCGAAGUCACCACAGGACCUCCACCCCGCACCGGCACACAUCCCCGUCGACAAACGGCCGUAGCAGCUGUCUUAGGUGGUCAAAUGCACGAGGAACUACGGCGCGGAGAUUCAGAUCGCAAAGGCGACGUCGAUGUAAAUGUUCUUCUGCGCGGCGCAGAAAAGCUCUGCGGUGUAUACGAACUCCCAGGGGCGAGGGAGCGCAUCGCUGCGCUGAGGAGUAAACAUGCACAUGGAAAGAACACAGCGGCGUAUUACGAAGCGCGCGUCGCGGAGCAGGCAGAGCAGUUGGCGAGUUUGGAUCAUAGGGAUUGGUAUGAUGAGGAGGAAGAGGAAGAAGAAGAGGGUGAGGUUUGGACGGAGGAUGACUUGAGAAGGGAGGAGGAGGAGGCGAAGGAGAUGGAGGUGAAGAAGAGGGAGCUACAGGUGAGGUUGAGGCAGAUGGAGAAGGAUCUUGGUGGUUUGAUGAGAAUGUUAUGAUACCCUUAUGAGAUGUAAAAAUCUUAAAUAUGAUAUUCUACGGGAUUGAGGCAGGGAUGUCUACUGGUUCUCAGUAAGCAGCUCUUCUCUCGCCAUAACGAGCUUUUCCAGAAUCUCCCCAACAUCCUCCGCUCCGUCAAUUGUGUACUUAUCAUU